AUGGCGCAAAACAGCUCCGCGGUGACUCCGCUCAUCAUCAAUAACGAGUCUGUCGUGACCGACAUCAAGUUCGCCGUCAACGCCCCCGCUACGGGUGAGCUCUCAAGUCACUGCGCCGGUGCCUCGGUUGACGAUGCCGUGCGCGCUGUCGAAGCCGCGCAAGCUGCAUUCCCGGCCUGGAGCAAGACGAAGCCCUAUGACCGUCGCGAUGUCUUGUUCAAGGCCGCUGAAAUCAUGGACUCCCGCAAGGAAGAGUUCAUCGCAUACCAGCGCGAGGAAACUGGCGCUGGCCGCCCCUUUGCUGAACACACCUUCAACCUCGGCGUGAGCUUCAUCAAAGACUUCGCAGCCCGUAUCUCGACUAUCGAGGGCACCGUCCCGAAUGUGACCCGUGAUGGCGAGGGCGCUAUUGUAUACAAAGAGCCAUACGGUGUCAUUCUGAGCAUUGCGCCUUGGAACGCUCCUUUCAUCCUUGGCACUCGUGCCAUCGCUCUCCCCAUCGCGGCGGGUAACACCGUCGUCUUCAAGGGCUCCGAGCUCUCGCCCAAGUGCUUCUGGGCUCUCGGUGACGUCUUCCGUCAGGCUGGUCUUCCUGCGGGCGUCCUCAAUGUCAUCUAUCACCAAAGCUCCGACGCGGCCGCCGUAACCAAUGCGCUAAUCGCCCACCCCUAUGUUCGCAAGGUCAACUUCACCGGUAGCACCCUGGUUGGUUCUAUCAUUGCUUCCACCGCUGGCAAGUAUAUCAAGCCCGUUCUCCUCGAACUGGGCGGCAAGGCUUCUGCAGUUGUCCUUGACGACGCGGAUCUCGACAAGGCGGCCAUGAACUGCGCCGUCGGAUCUUUCAUGCACUCCGGCCAAAUCUGCAUGUCAACCGAGCGCAUCGUCGUCCAACGCAAAAUCGCCGACCAAUUCAAGCAAAAGCUCGCCGAAACCGCGGAAAAAAUCUUCGGCAAGGACGCUCCAGCCCCCGUCCUAGUCAACGCAGCCGCAGCGACAAAGAACAAGAAACUCGUCUCAAACGCCGUUUCCCAAGGCGCAAAGGUUCUGUUCGGUGACGCUGGCGCCAACGAGUCCAUCGAUACUCACAUGCGGCCUAUUAUCGUCGACGGCGUCACCAAGGAAAUGGACAUGUAUGCGACCGAGUCUUUCGGUCCGACCGUUUCGCUUUUCGUCGUUGACACGGAGGAAGAGGCUGUUGCUCUGGCAAAUGAUACCGAGUAUGGUCUGACUAGUGCUUUGUUCACUUCUAACCUCUUCCGUGGUCUGCGUGUUGCUAAGCAAAUUGAUGCUGGUGCUGUCCACAUCAACGCAUUGACUGUGCACGAUGAACCGGUUCUCCCUCACGGCGGAUGGAAGAGCAGUGGGUUCGGUCGUUUCGGUGGAAUCCACGGCUACGACGAGUUCUUGCAAACCAAGACUGUCACCUGGUUCGAGUAA